AUGCAGAAAAAAAUUCUCUUAAUUAACAAUAUUAUUUCGUUUUCCCAGAAUGCAGUGGAAAAAUGUGAUCGAACGGGAGCAAAUUCAAUUGAAGUGAUAAUUGAUUUUACACGACCGGAUGGUCGACGUACUCGACCACUUCUUGUAGAUGGUAAACGAUUAUAUGUGGAUGAGCAUUAUAUUUCUAUCUGGUCACCUGUUUUACGAGCCUGGUGUAUUGAAUGUCCCGAUCGUGAGCUGAUACUAGCAAAUGUGCAAUAUGAUCAUAUUCUCGAAUUGCUUCUUUGCAUACAUCCAACUUAUAAGGAUGUUGAUGAUCAAUCUGUUCAUAUUCUACUACCGCUUGCUUUUGACUAUCAGAUGGAUGGUCUUUUGCAUCGUUGCGAAUGCUUCCUUGUCCAACAUAAAUUGCCUUUCUUGGAAAAAGUUUGGCUAGCUGACAGAUAUAAAUUAAAUCGUUUAUUGGUAUUAUGUUUACGAGAGAUGAGGCCUAAUUCAAAAAUUGAUCUCACUGGUAGCCGUUAUUAUGGUCUAAGCGAUCGUGUCAAAGUGUUGUUACUCGAAAGGUUGCAUGGAUCUUCAGCACCUGAGGAAAUGUUGGAGCAACCUACCGAUCUGGAACAGUUGCAUCGUCUUUCAGAAUUAAAUUUUGUAAUGAUUCGUACGAAAACUGGUCGCGGUUAUUAUGUUAAUCCAUACUACAUUGCUGCAUGGUCGAAUGUUUUCUUGGAACGUAUAUCUUCAAUAAAGAGUACGGAUGAAAUAUUUUGCCCGUGUACGCAUGAGGAAUUAAAAGCUUUUCUGAUGGCAGUUUAUCCACCCCAACUUAAGAUAACAGAAGCUAAUAUAGGACCAGUACUGAUAGCAGCAUGUAAGAUGGAAUCAGCAGGUUUGUUGAGAAAAUGCGCAAUGUUACUUCUUGCACCUCAUACUCAAUUAUCAGUUUUUGUACGAUUAUCAUUAUUGGAUCGAUGUUUCCUGCAUCAAUUACUUGAUCCUUGCCUUCAGAUGCUUCAUCGGCCAGAACAUUUACUUGAAAUGACUCAACAACAAACUUAUGAAUGCCUAUCAAUUCGGGCACGUGCUGCAAUGUUGGAUCGUUUAAAAAUACUGCUAAAGAAUCCGGGGAUAAAAUUGCAUACCUGUCAAAGGUGUAAACAAUUAAGCGGAUGUGCGCAAAUAUCAUGGAUGUGUCCACAUUGCAACACAUACUCCACUGAUGCAUCAUUGCCAAAGAAGUCAACAGAAAUUAGAAGUGGGAUUCCCGGUGGUAAUUCUAAUAUUAAACGAUGA